AUGUCAUCACACCAAGCGCUCCAGGGGCACCUGUGGUGUGGCAUCUUUACUGGAGUAACCACACCACGGCGGAAGAGGAGGAAGGUCACUCCAGUUACCCCGCGGUUGCCCAUACGUCUGCCGACCGCUGUGCAGACACCAUUGCAAUCACCCCCGCGAUUUGAGUUCCCACCGUCUGUCCAUCGCCACUUGCCCGAAGCAAUUGCAGACAUGGUCAGUGAGAGUUCCGGCGAUGACGACGGGCAGCACCAGCAGCGAGGGCUUUCACCUGUGGAAAGGGGUCUGCAGCGUCCGUUGAACCUCCCCGCUCCCAUCCCUUUCCGUUUUCCCAGCACACCGGGUGGAUCACUGGUGCCUGAACCCCCGCCGCCACCACCACCAGUUCAACGACCUCGCCCACAGACGCAUGCCAGCACGAAGGUUUCCCUUCACCGAAUCCAUAAUCACAAUCAAGUGCAAAGGGAGCGCCUGACAACGUUCAUCGGCGAUGUUCACGUACUUGCGCGCCACACCACCUUCUUUCUCAAGUACUACCUUGCUGAUCAUCCUCUACACGAUUUCCCGGACAUCACCGACAAGCACAUUAGUGUGAUAUUUGAGCUGCUAAACAAUCCGGGCUACAACGGCAAUCCGGUCCUCGCGCAAGAGUUGCGUCCACGGGUUCAAGACUACGAGCAUCUUCACCAACCUUAA